AUGGCAGAAUUGUGGGCAUUUUGGACUGGGCACUUGCAGGCUGGUAUCCGGAGGAUUGGGAAUGGACAAAAGGCAAUUUACACCCCGAGUAUCAAACUUAAGCUUUCUCCCUAUGAAGAGAAGCUUAUGGCGGAACGCUUUCUUUGGAAUCUUUACGACGAACCAGGAAACGUUUCACGAAUUGAGAAUUUUCCAAUCAACAAAUAG